AUGACCACGCUAUACUCACUCUACUUCAGCCUUGUUCACGCUUUCGUUGGUCUCUGGCUCACCCAAAUCAUCAACCGCCGCCCCCGGCUCCUCGGGACGUGGAUCGCUGUCUUCUGUACAAAUGUCGGCCUCAUCCUAUCCACCGCCGUUUAUGAACAGACGGGCAGCAAAAGCGCUGGGGUCGCCGCCGUCGCGAUGGUGUGGGUCUACAACGGGGCCUUCUUCUUAUCCUGCUCCUCUAUCUUCUUCACUGCAUACGCGAAUCCGGUCGCAAUGCGGUCGAUCGGGUGGAAGUUGUACCGGUUCUACACCGCAAUUCUCGUCGUAACCGGCAUCCUGAUAUACUUCGUGAUCGUCGAAACGCGAGGCUACACCCUACAGAAAAUUGGAGAACUAUUCGACGGGAAGCGGGUCCACUUGUGGGUGAAGUCUCCUGUGGACGACAAGGAGAGCGACGGUCCUGAUGAUGGGGAAAUAAGGGCUUGA